AUGGAGACGGAAACGAAUCUGGGAGGAUCCGUACGGAAACCAGAGCUAAAGACAUACAGUCACAAGCAAUUUCACUCUUCCAAUGCUUUAGAGAUCCUAAGAGAAACCGUUCGUAUCCUCCGCUACAAUCUUGCUGCUUUCAUGUUAACCGCUGCUCUUUUGAUCUGUCCUGUCUCUGCUAUUCUCUUACCAAACUUUUUACUUGAUCAAUCGCUAGUGAGCAAACUCACUGUGAAGCUCCUCUUAUUGGCAAAGUCAAGUGGUCUCCCUUUGCAGCCAUUUGUCAAACACUCUUGUCAGAAAUUCGCUGAGACUGCUGUUUCAUCGGCUUUGUGUUUCCCUUUGUUCAUCACUCUGUCUCUCUUGUCUAAAACAGCCGUGGUUUACUCGGUGGAUUGCACUUACUCGAGGGAAAAGGUCGAUUUGAGCAAGUUCUUGGUUGCACUGCAGAAGCUAUGGAGACGAGUUGUUUUCACUUACCUGUGGAUUUGCAUUCUCAUUGUUGCUUGCUUCACUUUCUUCUGCGUUCUCCUUGUAGCAAUCUGCAGCUCGUUCUACGCUCUCGGAUUCUCUCCCGAUUUCAAUGCUUAUGGAGCCGUCUUAGUUGGUUUAGCGUUCUCUGUAGUUUUCGCCAACGCGAUUAUAAUCUGCAACACGGCGAUGGUGAUCUCUGUUGUGGAGGAUGUUUCAGGGGUAGGAGCAUUGGUGAGAGCUAGUGAUGUGGUCAAAGGGCAGAUUCAGGUGGGUUUGUUGAUAUUUCUUGGAUCGACGCUAGGAUUGGCGUUUGUGGAAGGGUUGUUUGAUCAUAGAGUGAAGAAGGUGAGUUAUGGUGACGGGUCUUCGAGGUUAUGGGAAGGACCUCUAUUGGUGUUGAUGUAUUCCUUUGUGACGCUUAUAGAUUCGAUGAUGAGCGCAGUGUUCUAUUUUAGCUGCCGAGUUUAUCAUAGUAUGGAAGCUUCUAGAGGUGAAACUCAGCCAGUCAUGGAAACUGUUGCGGUCGUCGAUACUCACUAA